AUAGGACCCCAUCCCAUUGAUGAACUUCCCAAGCAUAAAUGACAGCAGCGUCGUCAUCUUCAUCAUCUUACCUUAACAUAUGACCGGACCGUGCUCAUAAAUUUGUUCCCCCUUCCCGUUCUCCCAUCUCUCUCUCUCUCUGUGGAUAUGCAGAUGCUGUACUCGGCAAGGAGGUGUUUACUGAGUGGCUCCUCCGUCAAGAACAAGCUGCAGCGGGCCUCCCUCUCCACCUCCUUGCUCUUCGACGACACCCAGCUUCAGUUCAAAGAGAGCGUCGCACAAUUUGCACAAGAGAAUAUUGCCCCUCAUGCAUCGAAGAUCGAUGAAACCAAUUCUUUCCCAAAGGAUGUUAACUUGUGGAAAAGCAUGGGAGAUUUCAGUCUCCAUGGAAUUACUGCACCAGAGGAAUAUGGAGGACUUGGUCUUGGGUACUUGUAUCACUGCAUCGCGAUGGAAGAAAUCAGUCGUGCUUCAGGGUCUGUAGGACUCUCCUAUGGGGCUCAUUCUAACUUGUGCAUUAAUCAACUGGUUAGGAAUGGAAGUCCUGCCCAGAAAGAGAAGUACUUGCCAAAGCUUAUCAGUGGCGAGCAUGUAGGAGCUCUCGCAAUGAGUGAGCCCAAUGCCGGGUCCGAUGUUGUUAGCAUGAAAUGCAAGGCAGAUCGUGUAGAUGGAGGCUAUGUUAUUAAUGGGAACAAGAUGUGGUGUACGAAUGGCCCUGUUGCCCAGACAUUGGUCGUUUAUGCGAAAACGGACAUUACAGCUGGAUCAAAAGGGAUCACUGCAUUUAUCAUUGAGAAAGGAAUGCCUGGUUUCAGCACAGCCCAGAAGUUGGACAAACUCGGAAUGCGUGGAAGUGACACAUGUGAGCUUGUCUUUGAGAAUUGCUUCGUCCCAGAGGAAAAUGUUCUUGGGCAGGAAGGGAAAGGAGCGUAUGUAAUGAUGUCGGGGUUGGAUUUGGAGAGGCUUGUUUUAGCAGCAGGGCCUCUAGGGAUCAUGCAGGCAUGUCUCGAUGUUGUUCUUCCUUAUGUGCGGCAAAGAGAACAGUUUGGCCGCCCAAUUGGGGAAUUCCAGUUCAUGCAGGGGAAAAUUGCAGACAUUUAUACUUCCUUGCAAUCUUCAAGGUCUUAUGUGUAUUCUGUAGCAAGAAACUGUGACGGUGGAAGAAUUGACCCUAAGGACUGUGCUGGAGUAAUACUGACUGCAGCUGAAAGAGCUACCCAAGUUGCUCUGCAGGCUAUACAGUGUCUAGGUGGUAACGGCUAUGUGAAUGAAUACCCAACUGGCCGACUUCUUCGGGACGCUAAAUUAUAUGAGAUCGGGGCUGGGACGAGCGAGAUUAGGAAAAUGAUUAUUGGCCGAGAACUCUUCAAGGAGCAAUAAUGAGAAGGCCCGCUUUCUUCUUUUCAAUAUCAUCAAAAAUCUCUUUCCAAAUGAAAAUACAAGCCCUGAUGUACAUUGUGCUUACUGGAGUACAGCCCAAUCAAUUAUAGUGACGAUAGUGCUUUUCAACUUGUUCCGA